AUGGAGGAAGCAGAGGGCAGCAGUGGCUUCAAGUACUGUGACAAUUUGGGUGACCUACUGGAGAUGACGGCGGUGACCAGGCUCUACCCUCCAGUCCCCGUCAAGAAGUGGUACAUCGCCGACAGCGACCUCACCGUCCAAGCGGUGCUCGAGGUGCUGGAACUGUACCACAUCUCUUCGCUGCCAGUCCGCAACGUUUCCACGGGCAAAUGCGCAGGGUUCAUCGACUCACUGGACAUCUUGGGGUACCUUAUUUCGGUGUGCACGCCGUCCGUUGAGGCCGGUGCGACGCUCACCGACUUGGACAAGGCCUUUGAGAAGUUUUCCACCAAGGGCAUCAGCGAGCUCUGCGACUUUAGCAAGCGGAAUCCGUUCGUCCCAAUUCCGAUCAACCAGAACCUCUACUACAUGCUCGAGAACAUAAAGCGCUAUGCUACACUCGCGGUUCACCGAGUGCCUAUCGUCUCGCUCGACGAGCAGGAUCCGAAGAUCAUGGCCCUGGUCAGCCAGAGCGACAUUGCCGCCUACCUCGCCAAGCACAUCUCUGUCCUCGGGCCACGGGGUCAGCUGCCUGUGCGGGACCACUUCCGAGCCUUUACCAAGGUGGUCUCGGUGCCGCCGCACUCGAAGGCGCUCGAUGCGUUUGCGCUGAUGUGGUCCAAGGGGCUGGGUGGAGUGGCCGUUAUAGACUCGCAGAAGCGUCUGGUGGCCAACCUUAGCGCGACGGACCUGGAGUGCCUCUUCCGCAAACAGUUCUUCCGACUCUUCAUGCCCGUGGUGGACUACAUCAAGGCCGUCUACGCCGACAAGAACGAGAUCAUGACUCCGCCCCUUUCGGUCACACCGGAGACCACCCUCGAGACCCUCAUCCUCAAGUUCGCUGGCACAAGAGUGCACAGGCUCUACGUGGUCGAUGGCUCGGGCGUCCUAUGUGGAGUGAUCACCCUCACGGACCUGAUGAACCUCAUCGUCACUGAGUGGGGUCUGGACCAGUGA